UGAAAAGAGUUGGGAUUUUUUAAGUUAAAAGUUUACUCGCUUAUUAUUAUUUACGGAUUUAAAUUUAUUAAAGAGGGCGUUGCCCUUAAUAGUCGACCGUGCGCCAUGCAUCGAUGAGGUCAUGUACUAUUAUAUAUUAUAUAGAUUUCUAUUUCAGCUGGGCGUGCUAAAGAUCUGGACAAGGUUGUAGCUCAGACGCUCGUGUGACAGUGCAGAGAUGUUGGCCCUUUAUAUCCUUGUCGCUGUGACCUGUGUGCUGGUAGUCAAGUACCUACGUCACUUCCUGGAGCACAGACGGACAUACAGCCAGCUGCCAGGGGACAAUGACCUUCACUGGCUGCUCGGGAACAUACACAAGUACCCAGGUUUCAAUGAAGCAGGGUUGAAAUUUGACUUUGGCAAGUCAGAGGAGUUCAAAUAUUUUCAUCGCAUUUGGGUCGGCCCGUUCCUGGCAGUUAUCCAAUGCUACCAUCCUGAGUCAAUCAGAAAAGUGAUCAACUCAUCAGCCCCCAAGCCAAGAAACCUCAGCCUUUUCUCCUCCAGUUAUGACAUGGGUGUGAGCUGGCUGGGUGAGGGUUUGAUUCUCACCAAUGGGGCCCGAUGGAGCCGCAACCGCCGUUUGCUCACUCCGGCUUUUCAUUUUGACAUCUUGAAGAACUACAUGAAGGUGUACAACUCAUGCGUGUCUUUAAUGCAGGGACAAAUUCUUGAGGCCUCCAAAGCAGGAAAAAGUUUCGACCUUCAGUCUCUUGUGCACAAAUGCACCCUCGAUGUUAUCCUUUGCUGUGCCUUUUCCUACCAGUCGAACUGCCAGACAGAAGAAGAAGCCAGUGAGUACAUCAAUGCUAUCGAAGAGCUACAGGUUCGAUGGUCAGAAAGAACCCUGAAUCCUCUGCAGUAUAUAGAAUUCAUGUAUAAGCUGACCCCUGGAGGUCGCAGGUUCUACCAUCUGUGCGACAUUGCACAUAGAGAGGCUGAAGGCCUCAUUGCAAAACGACAAAAGGAGUUGGCUGGCAACCCUGAUGCGGUGGGCCAGAGGAAGGUGAGAGAUUUCCUGGACACUCUGCUCACAGCGCGGGAUGAGGAAGGCAAGGGACUGACCCCGCUGGAGAUCAGGGAUGAGGUGGACACCUUCAUGUUUGCUGGCCACGACACAACAGCCAGCGGCAUCAUGUGGACCCUGGUCUCCCUCUCUCAACACCCUGACUACCAGGACCAGGUCUACAGGGAAGUCAAAGCUGUCUUAGGGGACAGGAAGGAGCUGCAGUGGGAGGACUUGAGUGAGCUGCCGUUCACAACCCAGUGUAUCAAGGAAACUCUGAGGCUGCACAGCACCGUGCCCGUCGUAGAAAGGUCUCUCACGGAAGACAUUACAAUCAAUGGCCAUACCUUGCCUGCAGGGUCCCGAGUAGCCCUUCAACUGUGGAUGUUACACCACAACCCGCACGUCUGGGAUGAGCCGUUCAAGUUCAAACCUGACAGAUUUCACCCGAACAAAGUCGCCAAGAUGGACCCCUACCAGUUUGUGCCAUUCUCUGCUGGGUCCAGGAACUGUAUCGGGCAAAACUUUGCCAUGAAUGAGAUGAAAGUCACAGUCGCCAAGAUCAUCAAUGACUUCCAACUCCGCCCUGAUGCAGACCGUGUGAUUGAACAUAAGACUAGUGUUACAAUGAAGGCGUCGGAGGGAGCUUACAUGUAUGCAACACCCAGAACUGAUUGAGUCAGUUACGUUCAAUGGAGAAAUUACGGUUGUCACAUGAAGAUUACAUUUUUAUGUGUAUAUAUCACAGCUGAACCGUCUCUAAAGGCCACCUACGACAACCACCUGUACAAAGCACUACUUUUCUCAUGGAAAAUAGAUAGCUGUCUUGAACAGUUUUGACUGUAUAUAUAUAAGCCCUUGUAUGUUUUUUUCUGACUCUGUCAACUCUGUGACCCUGUGAUGUGUGGAUGUGGGCCACUUGCUGCUGGUGUUUGUGUGUGAAAGUAUUUCAUCGUUGUCGCAAGCAGUCUCUGAUAUUUAUUGUCGUUAGCUCUCCUCUUUCUUUUCUUUGUAUGUUACUUUUUAGUAACACCUCUAAUCUUUGGCACUUUAAUGAUCUGUUUGUGUUACAAGUGCCAUUAAACUCAAACUAAAAGACUUGUCCAUCCAGACAGAAGCACACUUGCAGAAAGCGAACUCACACUUAGCAAAACAUGCUCAUAACAAAACACGCUCAUAACAAAACAUAAUUCAUGAAAUACACACAUAGCAAAACAAGCACAUAUUGAAACACACACAUACUCAUAGUGAAACAUGCUCAUAGAACAAUCACAUAGCAAAACACACACAUAGAACACGCACAGAACACUCUCAUGGCGAAACACACUCAUAGCAAACAGAUUCUCAAGUCCUGAAUUAUUUUCUUAAAUAUAUAGAUCUAUAACACAUGUAUAUUCUUUGUAUUUAAACAUGUACAUAGUUCCUACAUAACGAAGAGAUUUCUACGUCCCACGGAAUUUACUAUUUGUGGGCUAGACUGUAGUUGCAUGUUGUUGACAGGUUCAAUAAACAGCUUUACAGACAGAAAAUUGUGCAAUUGGAAACAGUUGAGGCUGAUGCUGGCAUAACUCUGCAGGGAUACAAUGCAUGCGAUUGGUUGAUUUACUUGUUAGGAAUAUAAUGAAGCAGAACAUUGUCGAAAACCUAAACAAUUUUUAACGGAUUUUGGAAGGAUGGAAAUGUUUUCUUUUUUUCAUCAAAUUUUCUGAACAUUUUAUUUCAGAAUAUCUAUUCAAGAUGUACUUAGUCAAGGUUUAGGAUUUUUGACGUGUAAUGUUUCUGUUUAUCUUCUGUGUGCCUUUGUAAUGUUGAUUUAUGUUGAAAUAUAACCAGGAUAUUGAAAUGAA